AUGAUACCCGAACUUCCGUGGCUCAUAUUGUUUUCAUUAUUCUUGUCUACGUUUUGGUUAGCUGUCAGGUCGUGGCCCAAGUCACCCCUCGACUCACCUCAAGAUCCACCUUUGGAUAAAAUCGACUUGUCUUAUUUUGCUUCGUCCUGUUUCGAGUUCGAUGCACAAACUGCAUUUAUGCCCCCCGAACCCCCCCUUUCUCGUUUAGAUGGCGACUACGAGCAGUGGGAGUUGCUCUUGGAUGCUGCAUUUACCAACUUCACCUGCCCUGGCGAUGAAGAAUCUGUACCUGAGUCUCAAGUUCAGUUUGGCGAGUGCUGGCGACAAUCUGUCCGUAAGUUGCCAGUACUUUCGAUUCAGCCCUUGGAAUUUGAUCUUCGUCGCGCCCGUCGUGCCCACCAUGUUCUCGCCUUUAUUACCCAAUUCUAUGUCCAAUCACUGCCUCCUCGGGACUGUACGUUUGACCGCCCUCCGAUCAUCAUUCCGGCUCCAAUCGCUAUACCUUUCGUCGGAGUGUCUCGACAAUUGGAUAUAGCACCUAUUGUUACAUAUGCAGACACUGUCCUUUGGAACUGGGAGUUAAUUGAGCCAUCUCAGCCCAUGAGCUCAAGUAAUAUUCGUAUCAAGGACCUAUUUACGCGCGAUCCUCAAGAAGAACAUUUCUUCCUCACGUCUGCGCGCAUUGAAAUCCGUGGGCUGGAAGCAAUGGAUAUCAUGGCCAAAUGUUUGCGCCAAAUCGAGGAGGGCGUCACCUCAGAAGCAGAGCAGGUCCGCUUGGCUUCGAAUCUUACCAGACUCGCUCAAGUGGUUGAUGACAUUACUACUAUUCUGGAUGCUGUUCGUGAGGGAUGUGAUCCUAUGUUCUUUUACUUCACAUUCCGCCCGUGGAUUCGUGGAGCCGACCAAGGUGCUGACUCUCCAAUGUGGUUUUACGAAGGUGUUGAUGGACAAGGUAUUGAAAUGCAAUGCUCUGGCCCAUCGGCUGGCCAAUCAGCAUUGAUGCACGCGUUUGAUGUUUUCCUCGACAUCGUCCAUCCCAACUCUCGGGCUUCCCGUGGCUGUUCGUUUGCUAUUAAUUUUCCUAUUACACCUCCCUCUUCCCCUGGCAUGCACGGCAAAGAUAUCAAUGAUAUUUCUCAAUGCCCCUUCGCAUCCAAAAUAUCUACUGUCGACCCUGCAUACAACCCACAUGUUCAAUCUUCCCGGACCCAAGCGGACACUGGGUUAGACACUCCUCCUCUUACGCCAUUGGAGUCCGAGGUCCCCACGGUUAUCCCCGUUGACCUCAAGAUUCCUGCACAUGGUGGAGAGCCUAUCGAUACAUCUUUCCUUGGCCGUAUGCGCAAAUACAUGCCUGGGGGACAUCAACUAUUUUUGGAUCACCUUCGCUCGCUCAAAUUCGGCCCGACUAUCCGCGCUCUAGCUCAAGAUUCUACUCAUUUAGCCAAUUCAUAUAACGUGGCCUUGCAAGCUCUGUCGGGCUUCCGCGAUGCUCACAUUCGGGUGGUCACCCGGUAUGUUAUCUGUCCUGCGCGGUCUAAAACCGUUGUACGGGACCCAGCUCUAGACUCAGGUUCGGUUCGUGGAACAGGUGGGACAAGUCUUGUUCCCCUCCUUAAGGUUUACAGAGAUGAGACCUUGCACCGUCGCAUCUAG